AUGGCCGAUCUGGGCGCCAACGAGUCGGUCGAUCCGAACACCCUCUACACCAAGCAGGAAUGCAUAGGCGGCGGUAGCUUUGGCAAGGUCUACAAGGGCCUUGACCGGCGGACUGGUCACACGGUCGCUAUCAAGGUCAUCGACGUGGAGAAUGCCGAAGACGAGGUUGACGACAUUAUGGGUGAGAUCAUGAUCCUCUCCGGCAUGAGCUCGCCGUACGUCACAAAGUACUACGGCUCGUACCUUACCGGCUCAGACCUGUGGAUCGUCAUGGAGUUCUGCUCAGGCGGAAGUUGCGCAGACCUGAUGAAGCCUGGCCAGAUAGCAGAGGUGGAGAUUGCAGUCAUACUCAAGGAGCUGUUGAUGGGCCUGACCUAUCUACACGACGACCACAAGCUGCACCGAGACAUAAAGGCGGCGAAUAUACUAGUCAGCGCGAAUGGUCAGGUCAAGCUCGCCGACUUUGGCGUUUCGGGACAGCUAUCAGCGACCAUGACCAAGAAGAACACGUUUGUUGGAACGCCCUUCUGGAUGGCACCCGAGGUCAUUAAGCAGUCCGGUUACGACGGGAAAGCUGAUAUCUGGUCUCUGGGCAUUACCGCGCUCGAGCUGGCCAACGGCGAGCCUCCUUAUGCUGACAUCCACCCCAUGAAGGUUCUUUUCCUCAUCCCAAAGAACCCACCACCAACACUACAAGGUAACUUCUCGCCCGCGUUCAAGGAGUUUGUCGACCUUUGCCUGCGGAAGGACCCUAAGGAACGUCCGAGCGCAAAGCAACUCCUACAGACAAAUUUCAUUCGCAAGGCCGGUAAGCCCGCUCGUCUGCAAGAGCUCAUCUCACGAUAUCAGGACUGGAAAGUCCGAUAUCCAAAAGAGGCAGCCGAGUCAGAAGAUGAGGCUACUCCUGUGAAGAAGAGGGAGCCAGUCAACGAAGAUUUGUGGGAUUUUGGAACUGUGCGGCCGACAGGAGGUGCUAGAGGUCCAGCGCUUGCCCCAAUGAAUGACGCUGGAGCCAAUGCAAGGAACCACUCGCCACAACGCAAACCUGUCACGCAAAACAGGGGUGGCUAUGGUGACGAGAACGACGACACCAUUCGAGAACCCUCUUCGCCGACCAAGCGUUUAGCACCACUGCAGACCCCAGGCUCACCCGACCCUGUGAGGACCGCCGCACGAGUACCGCUGCCAGCAUCACCAGAGAAGAGAACAGCUCCUUCUUUUCCACAACCAGCCGCAGAGCUUCCACGAAAGUCUCCGGUACCUGGCCUCUUCCAGCCGCCACCCAACAGAGGACUAGUCACGCCAACUAAGCCGUCAAAUCCUCAACAGCCAAGACGACAAACACCAUUACAGCACACUUAUGAUGAUUUCGUACAGAGGGAGAUUGCUGCGGAGAUGAAUGCUGUAGAAACUACACCACAACAGCGAGUUCCAACUCCAAGUCGCGCUUCAGUUUUGCCGCAGAUGACCAUACCCGAAAUACCACCAUUCCGUGGACAGUCUGCCAGCCCUGGACAGAGCAGUUCGCAGAGCCAACCACCCAAGCCGUUACAAAGCCCUAUGCGAACACAGCAGCACGCGCCGACUUCAUCACAAGCUCAGAAACCUCUACCGUCGCUAGUCGGACAACAAGAACUGCCACUUUUGGCUGGACAGAAGCCACUUCCUCCAACACAACAAUCGUUCACAUCCUUCAGCCCAAGUUCUGCAUCGCGGCCUGAUUCAGGAUCGUCGAAUGACCCAUUUGGCGGCCCGACGGCCUCGAGUUGGCAGUUACCGCCAAAGCAGCAACAAGUCGCACAGUCGCCCCCUCCACCGCCACCACACAUUACCAAGCCCUCACCCAUGUCUCGUGGCUCCUUUGGUAGGCCCAAACCGACGCCUAACCACCCUAGCCUCGUUCAAACGCAAGGUUCUCCACAGGCGCCUGUCGAGAUAACAGCACUGAGCGGCGUGGUUAUACCAGCUCUUGAUGCUGCACUAUCUCGCCGUAGUUACCAUCUCAGUGUCAAGAACAAACAAGAAUCUGCUCGAUCACUGGAUGACGCGCAGGGCUUCAUCGAACGCAGACGACAAAGGCAAGAAUGCCAUGACAAGGUGGUUCGCCUGGUCAAUGAAAUCAAGGGGAAGUUUGAGGAGCUGGAUCGAUGGGACGAGAAGGGAGAGGUAGGUAUGGGUGGGGAGGUCGCGGGCUUCCUGGAAGGUUUCCUUGAGGAGGUGCUUGUACGGGUCGAGCCAGCAGACGACUAG